GUUGCAUAAUAGUCGCAUUGAGGUGCCGACUCCGAUACUCCAAAAAAGAUGGUUACCCUUCUUUUCUUACGAAUAUAAAUUAGCUUCGUUUUUUCUUUUCUCUAAUCAUUAUUGAUAUUUAUUUAACAUGACUAACCCUAAGACUUAUUUUGACAUUGCCAUUGAUGGUCAACCUGCUGGCCGCAUUGUCUUUGAGUUGUUCAAGGACCAAGUACCCAAGACUGCUGAAAACUUCCGUGCUCUCUGUACUGGUGAACCUGGUUUUGGCUACAAGGGUUGUCCUUUCCACCGUGUUAUUCCUCAAUUUAUGCUCCAAGGUGGUGAUUUCACUAAUCAAAACGGCACUGGUGGUAAAUCUAUUUAUGGUGAAAAGUUCAAAGAUGAAAAUUUUAAUAUCAAGCAUACUGUUCCAGGCUUGUUGUCUAUGGCUAAUGCUGGUCCUAACACUAAUGGUUCGCAGUUCUUUAUCACUACUGUUCCAUGCCCUUGGUUGGAUGGUAAGCAUGUUGUCUUUGGCAAAGUUGUUGAAGGUAUGAACGUUGUAAAGAAGGUUGAAACUUAUGGCACAAACUCUGGUAACACUAAGGCCAAGAUUGUUAUCGAGAGCUGUGGUGAAUUGUAAAUGAAGGAAGAAGACAAAAAAAAGAAAGAGUAUUGCUCUCAAUAGCUAAUGUCUCUUAACUCUUUUGUACAAAUAAAAAAAAUGUGUAUAUUGA